CAUUGCCAGUCAUAAAAUCAGAUGAUACUCACUCGUCAACUACAAAAAGUGAAAUGGAACCGACAGCAGUUAACGGAUUGAUCAACCGCUCUUAUUUGUGUUUCAAACCUUUGUGCUGCAGGUACUAUGAAAACAUGCCCGAAUUUCACGACUGGAUUCAUGUCAGUUAUUCGACCCGAAGUUCUGCAGGUUUAAUGAUUAUUGCGUGUCUCUGUAUAAUUGGAUUCACACUCAAGAGGAAAUUUACUUAUUGGAGACGACAUGGGGUUGCACAAAUCAACCCUCUAUUCUGGCAAAACUUUUCUCGAAAAGAGAAACCAAUAGCUUUGGUAUAUGAAGCACAUUACAAAGCGCUGUCUAAUGUUCCAUUUGGUGGAUUUUAUGAACAUGGGAAGCCUGUCUUGUUGGUGCGGGAUCCGGCCUUGAUUCAAAAAAUACUGACUACAUAUUUCAGUUACUUUCCAGACCGGAAGGCUUUCCUAAACACAGAGAAGGACAGCUGCUCGUCGCAUCUAUUGAAUCUAACAGGCGAAAGGUGGAAGAAAAUCCGCAAGAAAAUCGUGCCUGUUUUUCGCACGCCGUCAAAGUUGACAGACCUGAAGGUUAAAAUCAAGACAGGCAUCGAAGCUUUCGAACUCUACCUGAAUCGUGCCUGUGAAGGUAAAGGUACUCUGGAGGUCGACUUUCACGACCUUAUGGCAAGACUGACUACCCAUAUCAUUGGCCUCACCGCAGCAAGCAUUCCGACGGACACCCUUAUGGACGGCGAAAGCUCGUUUCGUAAUAUUCAAGAACUCCUGUGUGUACCGAAUUGGCGGAUGUACUGGCGUGAUUUGUUCCGCCAUGUUUGCCCGCCUUUGAACGAUGUUUUCAAUUUAAAAGGACAUGACAAAAGGAUAGAUCAGUUUUUCAUCCAGCUAGUUGAGCAGCAAGAGGAGGCGAGAAGAACAGGAGGAUUGGCAAAGGAUGACUUUUUGCAGAAUUUGUUGGAUCUAAAAAACGCAGAUCCCUCUGUUUCUGAGACAAUCGUGGUCGCAAACUUUUUCUUCUUAUUUACGGCAGGAUUUUCUACAAUCGCAAUUACCCUUACUUAUGCAUUUUAUGAGGCUGUGAACAAUAUUGAAAUAUGGAUGAAACUGAGGAGAGAGGUGGAUUCAAUGCAACAAGACAAGAAAAUUGAUUAUGAAAAAUUGACUUACACCACCGCUGUAAUACAAGAGACGUUGCGGAAGUACAGCGUUUUUCCCUCCUUGCAAAGACAAUGUUCACAGGACUUUGAAAUCCCAGGAACGUCUGUAGUGAUCAAGAAGGGAGUAGAUGUGAUAAUUCCCAUAUACGCAAUCCAUCGUGACCGAAUGCACUGGCCAGAUCCCGAUCUUUUCAGGCCAGAACGGUUUUUGGAGGGACAGCCAAAGCCUGGAACAUAUCUACCCUUUGGAGAUGGAUCGAGAAUGUGCCCUGGAUAUAAAUAUGCCAUCUUGGAGCUGCAAAUGAUUAUGACAUUCCUCAUCAAAAAUUACGAUAUUGUUCCUUGCGAAAAAACACCACUACCUAGGGAACUUCGGUUCCUGGCGAGAGGGGUUUUGCUCCACCCGGAAAAUGGAAUUUUCAUGCGGAUCAAAAGAAGACGUGAAAUUAGAACUAAGUGUACCAAAAUGUCUUCGUUACUAGUUUUGAGCUCCUUACCGUCCUUGACAACCGUGCUGCUGGUUAUUUCUAGUUUUACCCUUUUCGUUGUAUUCUACAUUCGAAGUAAAUACUCUUACUGGGAGAGACGGGGUGUGCCAACUCCAAGAGAGGUCGAUGUGCCCUUCGGCCACACCAAGGAUUUAUUCUUUCGACGGACGCCCAUGACCUUCGUUUUUCAACGGAUAUAUGAUGAACUCGAAGGCCAUAAAUUCGGCGGAUUUUACCAGCUGACGAAACCGUUUCUAAUGAUCCGAGAUCCGGAGCUGAUCAAGAGUAUUUUCGUGAAGAAUUUCUCUCAUUUUCACGAUCGCAACAACAAGAUGAGCGAAGAGAUGAGUUCGUUAUCAAGCCAUCUAGUCAGCUUAACAGGUCAAAGGUGGAAAAAUGUCCGAUACAAGCUGACACCAACUUUCAGUUCGGGGAAGCUGAGGGCCAUGCAAGGCUUGAUGCAGGAGUGCAUUUCCGAGUUGGCCGACUACUUAGACAAGGCCACGGCCGACGGCGAGAACUCUGAGCAAAAUGUGAAGGAACUAAUGGCCAAAUUCACGACUGACGUCAUCGGUGCUUGCGCCUUUGGUCUCAAUUGCAACUCAAUCCGGGACGAAAAUUCCGAGUUCAGACGCAUCGGCCGGCUCAUCUUCAAGCCCUCCAUGGGGGCGCACAUCAGAAGCAUCUGUCGCACCUUGGCGCCGAAACUCAUGAGCUACCUCAAACUCAGAUCAAUUAAUCCGGAGGUGGAACAGUUUUUUUGGACGGUUCUCAAGGACACCGUCAAGCACCGAGAAUCAAAUGUGAACAAGAGAAAUGAUUUUCUGCAACUUUUGAUCGAAGUUCAAGCAGAGGAGAUAAAACACACGCGAAGUAAUGAUCAUCAGAAUGGAGAUCAAGCCGAAACCCAGAAUGGCCAUGCUAAGAAUGCAAUCGAAACACCGAAAGAUAUUCUAUUCACAGACACUGUGGUAGCCUCAAACGCGUUCAUCUUCUUCAUUGCUGGAUUUGAGACAACUGCCACCACACUCAGCCACUGCCUGUACGAGCUAGCUCUGCAUCCAGAAAUCUGUGCAAAGUUAAGAGAAGAAGUUGAAUCGGUAAAACAAUCGCACAAUGGCAAUUUAGACUAUGAUGCCAUAAAAAAGCUCGUAUACUUGGAGGCUGUCAUUUCAGAGACUUUAAGGAAGGACCCGCCCGCAUCGCUUUUGGUUAGACGGUGUACUGAGGCGUUCAAAAUGCCUGACACUUCACUCGUGGUUGAGGAAGGAACGACCUUAUUUGUAUCUAUCUACGCUUUGCAUCACGAUCCAAAAUAUUUCCCAGAGCCAGAAAAAUUUAAACCGGAAAGGUUUCUUGGUGAAAACAAGGACAACAUCGUACCUGGCUCUUAUAUACCUUUUGGCGACGGACCCAGAAUAUGUAUAGCAAUGCGUUUCGCGAUGUACGAGAUGAAGUCAGUCCUGGCAUACAUCGUCAGCAACUACACAAUUCACACAUGCGAGAAAACAUCCAUACCUUUGAAAUACAAUCCCCGAUCUGGUUUGCACUCACCGCUCGAUGUUUGGGUUCAAUUUAAGAGAAUCGCGAAGUCCUAA